UUGGCUAAGUGAUGCCUGUGGGUGAGGAGGUUCCUACAUCUGACUUCUGAAGAAAGACUAAUAGGAUGUUUACUCGUGUUCCACUCGUAGCCUGAAGAUCUUUUGAAACUUUGUGAAGAUUUUUCUGAGAUUAGGGUUUUUUCUUUUUGGUUGCUGUAAUGUAUGUUUAUUUUGUGAUCUUUUUUUCGUACUUUUUGUUUUCAUUUCAAGAGUACCGAUGAAUUUCUUAAUAACAGGUUGAUUACUCAUCCUCUGUGUGUGUGUGUACGUAUGUGGUCAAACAGAAACUAAGCCCACUGUAGUGGUUUACGUUUUGAAAUCACUCAUACUAAGUAGCGUUCUGUAGUGUGAAAUUUCAGCUUGUUUCUCUUUUCUCUGCUUGGUUUUUGUUUCUUUAAUGGAUGAUUUAAAAGGCAUUGCUGAUAGGGACAACAAUAGAAGAGCAGGAGUAAGAAUAAAACUUCCUUAAAUACACGCUGGUGAUUUCCCAGUCGGGAGUGGCUGAAGAGAGAGAACUGAAAGUGAGUGUCACAUGACGCGAGGAUGACUCGAUAGGUAGUGAAUUAAUGUAACUGCUGUACUGAGCUAGAGCUACAGCUAGAAGAGUCUCUCUAGAUUUAGGCACAUUUAAAGGCAGCUCCACUCCAACGGCACUUCAGAGAUGCACAUGGAUGUUUUCAGCAGUUUACCUUUGCCUGAACUCGAGUUCUUGAGCAGUGCAGAUUUCCCUCAGGACCUCUCCUGUAUAGAUGAUCCGUCCAACCCCUCACUCUUCUCCUCUCCUGCCGAUUCCCUAUCUGAAUAUCCAGACGGCAUGGCACCUGUUCCAACCAUAUGGGACAUCAACACACCAACACAGAACCAGGAGCUGAAUUGCAACCGCUUUCAGGGUUUGAGGAGUUUAGAGGACAUCAAUGCUAUAAUCAGCACGCCACCUCUGGGAGGCAUUCAGAGACUCCAUGCACAGCCGGAGGAGGAGGAAGAGGUGGAGGAAGAGGAGACAGAGGAGCUGGGCCACGCAGACACCUACGCUGAAUACAAACCCUCUAAAUCCACUAUAGGACAUUCACACCCUGACCUGGUGGUGGAGACCAACACUCUGUCCAGUGUCCCUCCUCCUGACAUCACCUACACUCUCUCCAUCCCUGAGCAAAUCAUCAACAUUGGCAGGCUCUCUGCUCUGCAGCUGGAGGCCAUCAUCUACGCAUGUCAACAACACGAGGUGAUCCUGCAGAACAACCAGAGAGCAGGUUUCCUUAUAGGAGACGGAGCAGGAGUGGGCAAAGGCCGCACAGUGGCCGGCAUCAUCCUGGAGAACUACCUAAAGGGACGGAAGAAAGCACUGUGGUUCAGUGUCUCCAAUGACCUCAAAUAUGAUGCGGAAAGAGAUCUUCUGGACAUCGGUGCUCCCAAUAUUCUAGUGCAUGCCUUGAAUAAAAUAAAGUAUGGAGAUACAGCUACCUCAGAAGGGGUCCUAUUUGCAACCUACUCCGCCCUUAUUGGAGAAAGCCAAGCUGGGGGCCAGCUCCGCACCCGACUCAAGCAGAUCUUGGAUUGGUGCGGGUCUGACUUUGAUGGAGUCAUCAUAUUUGAUGAAUGUCACAAAGCCAAGAAUGCCACGUCCACCAAGAUGGGUAAGGCCGUGUUGGACCUGCAGAACAAGCUGCCUCUGGCCAGGGUGGUGUAUGCCAGUGCCACAGGCGCCUCUGAGCCAAAGAACAUGAUCUACAUGAGCCGCCUGGGCAUCUGGGGAGAAGGAACACCCUUUAGGGCAUUCGAAGACUUCCUCCAUGCUAUCGAAAAGAGAGGUGUGGGCGCCAUGGAAAUUGUUGCCAUGGAUAUGAAAGUCAGUGGGAUGUACAUUGCACGCCAGCUGAGCUUCUCAGGGGUCUCCUUCCGCAUCGAAGAGAUCGGCUUGGAUGAUGACUUUAAACUCGUCUACAACAAAGCUGCCAAACUGUGGGCCGAGGCCUUGGCAGUAUUCACUCAGGCUGCCGAUUUGCUGGGUAUGAUGUCCAGGAAGUCUCUGUGGGGUCAAUUCUGGUCAUCCCACCAGCGCUUUUUCAAAUACCUCUGCAUCGCUGCCAAGGUGCGCCGUUUAGUGGAGCUGGCCAAAAAGGAGCUGGAGGCUGGCAAGUGUGUUGUCAUCGGACUGCAGUCUACAGGCGAAGCUCGAACUCGCGAGGUUCUUGACGAGAACGACGGCCACCUGGACAAAUUUGUGUCUGCCGCAGAAGGUGUGUUCCAGUCCCUGGUCCAGAAGCACUUUCCUUUGGAGAAAGAGCAACGAGAGAAAGGAGCAGGAAGCAAGAGGAAACGGAAGCCCCGCGGCAGGCACCCGAAGUUUUCAAAGCAGGCUGCAGAUGGAAGAGCGGUCAUUAACAUCAGCGAUGACAGCAGUACAGAGUCUGAUGCAGUGGACAGCGACUCCAACUCCUCUCCCGAUUCGCUCCAGGACAACAGCGAUGAUGUCAUCUUUGUUACCCACACCAACUGUCAUGCUGCUCGACUGGAGGAAAUGAAGCAAGGCCUUCUGAACAAAAUCUCAGAGCUCGGAAAAGAACUACCUCUAAACACACUGGAUGAGCUCAUAGAUAAAUUCGGAGGUCCAGAGAAAGUAUCUGAGAUGACAGGACGUAAGGGACGUGUGGUCCGGAGGCCAGAUGGGAGCGUGCGCUAUGAAUCUCGCGCUGAGCAGGGUCACACAAUCGACCACAUCAACAUCAAAGAGAAGGAUCGCUUCAUGAAUGGAGAUAAGUUGGUGGCUAUAAUCUCUGAGGCAGCCAGUUCAGGGAUCUCUCUGCAGGCAGACAGACGGGUGAGGAACCAGUGCAGACGUGUCCACAUGACCCUGGAGCUGCCCUGGAGCGCUGACCGCGCCAUCCAGCAGUUCGGUCGCACUCACCGCUCCAACCAGGUCACAGCGCCGGAGUAUAUCUUCCUUAUCUCUGAACUGGCCGGCGAGAGACGUUUUGCUUCUAUUGUGGCUAAGAGGCUGGAGAGCCUGGGAGCUCUGACGCACGGUGACAGACGAGCCACAGAAUCUAGAGACUUGAGCAAGUACAACUUUGAAAAUAAAUACGGUACCAAGGCUCUAGAUAAGAUCACCAAAGCCAUACUUGGACAUAUUGAGAGCAAGGUGCCUCCUCCCAAAGACUAUCCUGGUGGUGACGCCAUGUUCUUUACAGAAAUGAAGCAAGGCAUGAUAGAUGUUGGCAUCUUCUGCAAGGAGUCUCGUGUUGGCAUUAGUCCUGAGAAAGACUGCUCCAUCACAAAGUUCCUCAACCGUAUCUUGGGUCUCGAGGUGCACAAGCAGAACUCGCUCUUCCAGUACUUCACUGACAAUUUUGACUACCUAAUCGAAAAGGACAAGAAGGAGGGCAAAUACGACAUGGGGAUCUUGGACCUGGCCCCUGGUAAUGAUGAGAUCUAUAAUGAAACUCAGGAGACGUUUUUGACUCCAGGAAACCCUCAGGAAGGCCAAGUUAUUCUCCAUAAGAUCAGCGUGGACAGAGGCAUGCCCUGGGAGGAGGCCUUGAGGAAGGCUGAAGCGCUUAGUGAGACACACGAAGGCUUCUAUCUCUCCCACAAGCUGAGAGGGAGUCACCCCUGUGUGCUGCUUGCUGAGCAAGGCCGGGGCCACAACCUGGUGGUCUACAAGCCCAACGUUGGCAAACAGAAACAAACGGAGAACCUGGAGAACAUCCAGAAGAAGUACCGCAAGGUGACUCCAGAGGAGGCAAAAGACAGCUGGGAGACCCAGUAUGAAUUCUCCUUGAGGAAAUGUAGCCAUGCUAACUGGAACGGCCGGUGUAAGAAGGUUGAUGAGGGGCAGGAGUGUCUGCAGGGCAUGCGUCUGCGGCAGUACCACGUUCUGUGCGGCGCUCUUCUGUGUGUGUGGAAGCGCGUGGCUGACGUGGUGGCAGACAUCACCAACUCCAGCAUCCUGCAGAUCGUCCGCCUCAAAACCAGAGUACACAAGCAAGUGGGUAUAAAGAUCCCGGAGAACUGCGUGACUCAGGUCCGAGAGGAGUUAGACAGGAUAGGUAAGGAGGUGAAGAGAAAGCGGCAGGAGAAGGAGCUUCAGGCUCAGGAGCAGCGUUUGGCCGAGCAGUGUGCGGCCGAGCAGCGUCGGAGUUUGCUGCAGGGUGGUCACAGAGACUUCACUGAGUUUUUCUCCCAGCCUCCACAGCUGCCCAGCCUGUCUAGCCUGGCUACACAUUACCCCCAUCCCAUACCAUUCAUCUCCUCUCUGCCUUCUUUCUCCUCCCUCCCUUCACUGAGGAACCCUAUCGAUGGCUUCCCUGACCUGAGGGAGCACAGCCCUAUGCCCCUUUCCCCAGACAGCACGCAGGCCGGCCUCGGAGCUGUGGAGGACUUUAAUCUGGAGGCUUUCACGCAGGGACAGCAACAGCAGGACGUUCAGCAGGACAUCAUUGACCUCCUCAACUCAUUGCCAGAAAUAUCACCCUGCAACACCUCUUCGUCGGACGCUUUGCACACGGCCACACAGCAAGCCUCGAUGAACCUCUUCUCCAGCUCCACCAUCCCGUCCUCAUCCUCCUCUUCGUCUCUUUUCUCCCCCUCGCUCACACCGUCCUCGUCUUCCUCCUCACUGUCGCUGUUUUCCUCUCUCUCACCUUCAGACCAGCCCUCCCUCGCUCUGCCCAGUGCUAACUGCCCCAGCGACACAGGCAUCAACGCCAAAGAGGUGCUGAACAGCAUGCUACGUGGCUCGGACUCUCGCCAGUCCGUCAUUCACUUCAUUUCACCAUAGUGAGACCAUCCGGCCCACUGGCUCUGUAAUACAGCUUAGUAGUACAGACCAAUGGGGCUCAUUAGACAAUUUAGUGUGUAGUCUCAUCACUGCCUGCAUGGCCUCAUCCACAUUCUAGACCCUGUGGUCAUCAGCCCAGCUCCCAGAGAUCUGCCUUCCUGCAAAGUUUAGUUCUAGUCAGGGCUUGAGGUGCAAACGUGCUGGAUCUUGCCCCACCCGGAUUGGACCAGGCUCCUAUUUUAGUAGAUCCUGCUCCCUGUUCACAUAUAAAAUAGCUCAUUUUCAUGAAAAAUCUGGUGAAAUCAUAUUAUUUUUUGCAAACAGUUGCUAUAUCUGCUAGGGCUGGUCCGAGUAAUUUGAAUACUGAGUACACAUUCCUUACAGUAGCAUUCAGUUGUUCAGUAUUCAGAGCCUUUGUCUUUUUUAAAGCCACAAAAAAUAUAGCCUAAACCACAGCACAUUUCAUCAGCAUAUUGCUUUGGUUGUUACAAUAUGGAAAAUAUUAAAAACAAAGUAUAGCUGGUUUAGUUUAGGCACGUCACCUCAGCUCAGAGCAGAACCUGCACCACUUUCCACGCAUACAUUGAAGCUAAAGGGGUAAAGAUGCCCUCGCUGCUGUUUUCCAUGAUAAAAAACAGCAAACCAGCCAAAUAAAACUUGAUUAAAUAAAUAAACACAACUAAAACACACUAAAACUAAAACUGUGAUGGUGAUAAAAUAAUUAUAAUUCAGGACACCCUUAGUGUGUACAUGAUUUAUGUAAGCUGUAUUUGAACUAGAGGGCGGCCAUCACAGCUAUAGCAGCAUAUGGUGUGCAAGCAGCUAGGCUUCAUCCUGCUCUGCUAGUGUAUUGUUGCCAUCUACUGGACGUAUUUUCAACUGCAGUAAUGAACAUGUUUGAUAGUAUGGUUAAUUAUGAAAUGACAUAGGAUGACUUUGAGAAGUAUUGGAGUGUUCAUGUGUAAAAACCAAGAAUUAUUCAAAAUGCUUUUUGGGCCAGCCCUAAUAUCAGCAUAACAAAAUACUGCAAAAUACUGCAAAAGUACUGCCAAGCUAAAGUAGUGACCAGACUGACAUGUCCGGAGUCCAGUUCUGCCUCUCUUUGGUAGUACUGAGUGUUUGGGUGUACUCGAUAACUUGAUACGAAUGCAGAAAAAGUUAAAAGGCAAGUAAAUAUUAAUGAUUCUUUUAAUCACUGGCCAAACUCGGAAGCCAAACACGUGGCCUAAAUGGAGCUGAACUGUGCACAAAGGUAGAUCUCCAGGACGAGUGUUUGGUGACCACUGCUCGGACAGAGCUCCACCAUGAAAGAGAGAGAAAGAUCUUAAUUUAAACCACCAUCCCAAAUAAUAUCUUCCCACAUUCAGCCAAACUAGAUGUUCUGAAAUGUUUGCUUUCAAAGCAGUUUAGAUCUUGGGCUGAAUCUCAAAUGCCGCCCUGCUCCCUAUGUAGUGCACUAUGAAAUAGUGGCUUCUACAGCCGAGAAGUACAUUGUAUGUGUAACAGACGGCUGUUUAUAUUCAGCCAAAGCUGCACGACCCCAUAUCUAAAAUAUGUGUGUGCAGAAACCAUAGUUUCACGACCUGUGCACUGCACUAUAUAGGGUGUAGCAACCUGAAUUGAGAUUCAGCCUUUAUUGGGUUACACUGCCCUCUUGUGGUACGUCGGAGAAACACCAUCAUAUCUUUUGGUUGAAACUCAUGCAUAAUGGCAAAACCAAAACUGGAAAGAUAGCCCCGCCCACACCCCCACCUGUUCUGUAUCUGUUUCACAACUUCCUCUGACAAGCUUCUCCUGCAGUUUCGGAGAGCAAGAUAACAGACUACUGUUCAAACAGUGCCUUUGGAACAUACUAGGGAAUGUAGUCUAAACAAAGACUCUUGUACAGUAUAUAUUUGUAUACAACACGUUGGCAUUUAUUUAUUGUUUUUAUUUAUCUAACCUCAUACUCAGACGAGAGGAUGGAUGGAAUGUCCCUGGAUGAGCUCGUAUCUUCUUUACGCGGCAGAGCAGUCGGUCCUGUUCUAACUCCUAAUGAGUUAAGACAGUAGUGGUUCAGCAGUGAUUUGUGCGCGAUGAUACUGAAUGUUAGCGGCUUUAGCUUUUAAUCGUCUUAAAAUAAUGUGAUUCUAUGCUCUCUUACUAUUUUAUGCUCUCAGGAAAUGCAAAAACAAAAAAAAAAACAAAACAAAACAAAACGAUGUAGCCCCUCCAGUAUGAAAAGUCUUGUUUAGAGUGUGAUGCACUGUGUGUGAGUACAUACUGGGUAUCACAGAGAAAUAUCCAAGUAUGAGGAACCGUCAGUGAAUCAGACCAACAAGACCGAACGAAUUGACCGUUUGAAAACAGCUGUACACAGAUGUAGAUGUUUUCCAUAGGUGGGGUAAUGGGAGAGACCACCAGUCUCACAUUUAUGUUUAUAAAUGAUAUAUCAUCUUAAUUUAUGUUAAAGGGAUAUUAUUUUCCAUACUGUAUAUUCUCCUGAUAUCCAAAGUGUGCGUGAGAACAAACAAUAGAAACAGAACAGGAAAGUGAUAUUGCUGAAAACCAAAUGAAAAAAAA